AUGGACGUGUACCACAACACCCGCAGACCGCCGCCUAUACCCGGGACCAAGAAGGGGAAAAAGAGCUCGAAAUUGCGCUCGGCGCCCGUCUCCUUCGCUGACGUCUCCCCCAAGAGUCCCAGGAGGAACGGACAGGGUAAAGAGAGAUUCUCGGGGCUAUGGGAAUUCUUCUACGAGAGUGAUGAGUCGGGGAAUGGGGGAGGAGGGGGCGAGGUGGAGAGGGAGGAAGGGAAACUGAAGAACAUUCGAGGGUUUCUGUUCAAGAGGCGAAAAUCCCCACUCAAAGGAUGGCACAAGCGGUACUUCACUCUACAAGAAGGUAUCCUCACGUGCUCCAGGAACAAGGUCCAGAUGAAAAAAGGAAAGAUCCUGAGUCGAACAGACUUGGGUUUUGCCGUGAUAACUUGUGACAGCGUCCGAUGGAAGAUUGAUAUUGACGAGGAAAGACAGGUUUACCAUCUCAAGACAAAGAACGCCAGUCAUUUUGCGGCGUGGAGUGCGUGUCUUCUGGCGCAGGAGAUGUGGCGUAAGGCCCGGCUGAGCGGGACGGAGGGCGGGCUGGACCAGCUGGAAAAUGGGGAGGACCUGGACUCAGUGAGGGAGUGUCUGGAGGCAUUGGGUGUGUGUGUCAAGUCUCCAGUCCAGAAACUAAACAACCGCUCGGGUGACAGUGGUUCAGAAGGAGGCGUUACUUACACUGCCCAGAACAGCAGUGAGGUGACUAUGGGGGUGGUGGGAGGGGGAGGAGGGGGAGGGGGAGGAGGGAAGGAGAAGAGGAGAUGGGGGAGAAGAAGACACGACAAGAAAAGCUCAAAAGACACCACCACUGCCAAUAUCCUGUUCCCCGAGCAUCAGUUGUCUCUGCCGUUGUUGCCAGCCAACUCUCUGGCCAUGUCAGAGGAGGCCAUGGAGGAGAAUAUCUUACGCGAUGACUUCUCUUCCACUGCAACUACUGUGUUUGCUCAUUUCAACGAGAUGCUGGAAAAGUGGGAUAAACUACAGGCAGGAUUCGACGAGUGUAUAGUAGGAGAGAGAGCAGAGAGGCAGCAGAGACAGACCCUGUUCACCAACCAGCAGCUCAUGUUGCGGCAGUCGCUGCUGCAGAACACGGAGCUGAAGGACCGACUCUCCCAGAUCCAGGCCCUCGCCUCUGGACUGGGGUCGCCCGCGACCGCCUCCCUCGUUGGCCCCGCCUCCCUCAAGACCCACGACCCCGUACUCCGGCAGCCCUCUCCCAGUCUUUCACCAGUGCCAGCGGAGGGAGUAUACCCCGGUUCGGAGGUGGAGGGAAGUCCCUGUCGAGAUUCGAUUCGUUUUUGUCGGUCCGUUCGACCGUGUCCGAGACCUUCUUUGACGCCCUGGAUGAUGUCCAAGUCUCAUAGUAGGCGAAGACCCGACGACCAAGAAGAAAGAAGGAGAGAGUUCACCAUGAGGAGGAAAAACUGA